CGUGAUUCCUAGUGUCCUCUAGGACUUACCCAGCAGGCAAAGCGCCCGUCUCUCCAGAUCGAGAUGGCGACGCGGGUACCUACUGUAGCAUCAAGCCGAUGGCUCCAGAGUCUUCGAAAGUGGUAUUACAAUGCUGCAGGAUUCAACAAACUUGGUUUAAUGCGUGAUGACACACUUUAUGAAGAUGAAGAUGUUAAAGAGGCCAUAAGGAGACUUCCAGAGAAUCUGUAUAAUGAUCGAAUGUUUCGUAUUAAGAGAGCUCUGGACCUGACCAUGAGGCAUCAGAUAUUGCCUAAAAACCAGUGGACAAAAUAUGAAGAGGACAAAUUAUAUCUUCAACCAUAUCUGAAGGAGGUUAUACGUGAAAGAAAAGAAAGAGAAGAAUGGGCUAAGAAGUAAUCACAUCAAAAGAAUCUAUCAAUACGUUAAUCUUCAAAAUACUUUUAAUAAGUCUGUGCAAAAGAUGAGGUUAGCUAACCAUUUGUAACUGUGCUGCACAUUUAUUUAAUUUAAAUAAAUGACUAUCAUAGGAACUUGUGAACUAGAAAACUUUGCAUCAAAAUAUCUUGAAAUUUGCUGCAUUCAUCUUAAAUCAUGUUAUAUAAUUUCUAGUGUCUUUAAGGUUGUCCUCAUAACUUAAGUGCUUCUUCUGACUUGGGGGAUAAGACAAUCUUAAAUGAGUGGUUGUUAAAUUUCACCGCUACUCUAGCCAAUAAUCAACAAAAUGCUGUUACUGCUUUUAUAGUUAGCUUUGUAAACAUGCAAUCAAGACGAUUCUGGGGGAAAAUUCUAGCAAGAUAGUGUUGUGGAUAGAGAGCUAGAAUUGGAGUCAGGAGGGCAGAGUCAGGACUAAGUGCUAGAGUCUGUGUCUUCCGUCUCGGCUUAGUGUUUUGUCCACCAUAACUUUGCCUUUCCAAGUAAAUCCAGUGAUUUAUUUA